AUGACAGCCAACGCCUCCAAGCCAAUUCGCGUGUGGAUCACUCCCCCUGGUCCCAACUCGUGGAAGACCAUCUUCCUCCGGGAGGAGCUCGGGCUGAACUACGAGAUCAAGGCGUUCCGCUUUGACGACGUCAAGAAGAAGCCAUUCAUCGAUAUCAACCCCAACGGUCGCGUGCCGGCGAUCGAGGAUCCCAACACGGAUCUCACUUUGUGGGAGUCGGGUGCCAUCUCUCAAUACCUCAUCGAGGAGUACGACCUCGACAAGAGAUUGGCGUACACCUCCUUGAAGGAGAAGAACUUGUGCAACCAAUGGCUACACUUCCAGAUGAGCGGCCAAGGCCCCUACUACGGCGUGUGCAGCUGGUUUCAGCACCUGCAUCCGGAGAAGAUCCCGUCGGCCAUUGAGCGAUACGCCGAUCAGAUCAAGCGCGUGCUCUCUGUCCUAGAGAGUGUGCUGGUAGCCAAACCGGCGGAUGCCCAAUGGCUGGUCGGCGACAAGAUGACCUAUGCUAAUAUGGCCUUUGUGCCAUGGAACUUCCGCCUCAGCGAGGUUCUGGUGCAGUCAUGGGACGAAGUGUGGGAGGGCACGCCACAUGUUCGUGCUUGGCAUGAGCGGAUGAUCGAGCUGCCUUCGUGGAAGCGGUCCAUGGAGCACCGCGCCCGCUGCAUGGACGAGCAGGGUCUUCAGUGGAAUGGUGCCCCCAAGGGCAUCGAGACUUUCACUGACUAUGAAGUCAAGAUAGCCGCUGGCGAGGACACCACGGCGAAGGAGUGA